AUGGACGUGGCAAAGGGAGUGGAAGAAGAUUCAGACGUCACUACUGACGUAACUGAAGAUGACGGCGCUGAUGCAGAUGUAGAUGUAUAUGUAGAUGUGGAAAAGGUAGAAGUGGACGUUGGGAUGGUCGUGUUUGUGGAGUUCGAAGCGGAGGCGGCCGGAGUCGGUAUGACUGUCUCGACGAUUGUCACAGGCUGGGUGGCGACAGUUGCUGUGGUCGUCGCUGUGGCGCUGUCGAUGUUGACUACCGACACCUCGGUCACGUAG